CGCAAUAAAAACCAUCCACUCUCAAUGCGCGAGUUUCUCCCCAUGCAGUAGCGGCGUCUGCUGCAACCUCGGCUCGCGCUCGGCUAAGCUGCGUUUACGGGCGGUGAGGAUUUAGAGUUCCGCUUCAGCUCGUCGGGUCCUCGGCACCGAGAACGACUGUUUUGACGGAAACCACGUGACCGCCCUCCUUCUCGUAGGACGUCCCCUCCUGUCUCACGAGUCCACAACAAAACAAGUCACGCAGAUAAGAGGACUAAAAGUACCCCAAUCCGUGGGCAGUGACUCCUGGAACCUGACAGCUUGACAGGGUUUAUACCCACGGCAGCUGUCACGCACCGCACUCCGCGGGACUCGGCGAUUCACCCCCGCUUCAUUCGUCGGGCAAAACCUCAUGUUGAUGCAUUUACGCUGAUGGGACAUGGCGAUGGCUUUCACAUCAGCGUCGACCGCAGGCAGCAUGGCAUCUGACCCGGAGGCCUCAGACCUCCAAGGCAUCGAGGCCCUGAACCUGAGCGUGGGGCCGGUGCGGAGGAACCUCUUUGGCCCCGUCGACCACCAGCAGCUCCAACAGGACUUCCAGCAGCUGCUGCGCAUGAGCGUGGAGGUGGCCAACAAGCGCUGGAACUUCGACUUCCAGAGGGACGUGCCGGGAGAGGGCGCCGGCGUGGAGUGGGUGGAGCUCAGGGGCCAGGACGUGCCGGCGUUUUACCGCGCCUGCUCGGUGAGGCGCGGCGUGGCGAGGAGAAAGAUCGCCAGGACCCCCUCGUCGUCGUCGUCGUCGCUGUCGGAGGAGGACAGCUCUCCGGUCUGCAGCAGCUGGUGUGGCUCCGGGGACGAGUACCAGGAGGUGACCACCAGAGAGUGCUACCCACAUCAGCGGCUGGACAAACGCAGGCAGUCUGCAAUCACAGAUUUCUUUAAGGUGAAAAAGAGGAAGCGUCUGCAUUGCAAAACGUCCUCCCGGCAGUAGAAGAGCGCCACGACGUCCACAGGAAGCUCACUAAGUGGUCCCCAGCCCUCCACACUCACCCUGAUAGAGAUCACGUGUAUAUAUGUAGCAACUUAUAACAGACUCUCUAUAAGCUUAAACGAGCUUGGGCCUUAAAACCUUUGGAAAUCCACCUUGCCUAUAAUUUUCAGCACAAGGAAGCUAACUUUCUUCUUUAGUCAAGCUUAGACUCUAGUUUUAUCGUGGAUAAAUAUUCAGCAUAACUACUCGGUAUAAAUAUAUAAACUGUAUUUUAUAUGCUGUUUUGCGUAGCUUUUUACAAUACUGUGAAAGAAAAAUUCGCAAAUGCACUCAUUCAGGAUAUUAAAACAGAAAAAGGAUACCAGUUCCCAGAGGUUAAGUCCGUGGCCCUUUUCCCCUUUUGCUCCAACUCAUUAGAAGGUUAUUGAUCAGAGCAGUCACCACUGCCGGCACGCUCGGCACGCGUAGCGCUUUUAGUUUCACCCCGAGGCUCUGAGACCAGGGGUCAAGAACCCUACGCUGGGUUCAAAAGGUGGCAGCACGACUGUCAUCAGCUCCAGGACAGACGUCGGAGGGUGGAGGCUGUACGACUUUAAGAGCGUUAGCGCGUACGUUCUGUUUAUUUUUCGGUCGGUGCGAGGUCACUGUCCAGAGCCUUGCAAAAGUAUCCCACUUAUGUUUUUACUUACAACCACAAACCUCAGUGUGUUUCACUUGGUGUGGAUGACACACAGGAAGUGGUACAUAACGGCGAAGACGUAGAAAUAUGAUGCGUGCCAUUUGUCGUCCAGAAAUCACUUGAUUAGAGAAGGAAAAAAAAAAACCUGAUUAAGCCUAAUAAGCCCAGUAAUACUCCAAAGUUGAAAAACGUUGAACCCUUUGCAGGGCGCUUUAGACAAGAAGUCAUUUAAACUCCCGAGGUUUUAACACAGCAUUUUAACCCGCAACUGACAAGUCUUCUGGUUUGGCUUUGCAAUGUCUUUUUGGCAACAUUAAGCCGUCAAAUCGUACGUUUUGGUCCGCUUUGCGUUUGUAAUGCGGAGCGUCUUCCACCUUUUAUCCGUUAAGGGAAAUGCAGGGUUUUGAUGUUCUCAGAGAAGUCAAGUGUUUUGGUUCUUUACACAAUUUUCAUCUUUAUCGUUGUUUUUUUUGUGCUAUUUUGUAAAUGGUUUUUCCAAGUCAAGGUCCUCCUUUAAAAAGAAAAACUGGCUUUCAUGCAGAUAUGCCUCACUUUUUUUCCACAUUUAAUUUUUCCCAUCUAUCCCUAGUGUUUACCAGUAUUUGCUGACCAGCCAAGUUUCUGUGCCCCUUGUGAUGUCAUUAGAAAAAUGGACACUUCAUUAGCCACCUGUGUUUUUAUUGCCAGUUAUCAUUUGUUAGCAGAAAAAAAAAACAAAAAAAAAAAAAACCCCACACCGCUGGGUAAUUUCUUUAAACAGGGUUCUGCAGCAGUUAUUUAGGAGAAAUAGCCAUAUUCUGGACUUAUCCUGUCUUACUACCUCAACAAGUUGUUCGAUAAUACAAACACCCGAGCUCGCUCGUGUUUAAGGGCCACAGAAGCGAAGAGUCAAGAGAGAGUCCUGUUGUGUUUUGGUGAAACAUCAGGUAAAGAAGUCAGCGUGUCAGAGCGGGGCCCCCGGGGAGGUGGGGCCAAGGGCUGCCGCUGCGUGGGGUUGACCGCUUUUGUUUUUGCUUCACUUUCCACGAGACGGCUUUCCCAGAAUAGACAGACGGAGUUUGGCAACAGUAGUAGGGGUGGGACGAGGAGUUAAAAAAAAUAAAAACUAAAAACCUGACAGACUUUGAUAGAAAAGCGCCCUGCUAGAAGGUCACAUUCAGCCCCGUGUUGUGCAUCCAGACAGGCAGCUUGAUGAAGUCUUCUCCGUUGUCUUGACCUUAUAUCUUUAGACUUGCGGGUCAGCCUGUUUGUGUUGUCAAACUGUUUAAAGCUGUAAUUUUUUUUUGUUGUUUUUUGGCAGGAAACUUGUUCAAAAGUUGUACCCAUAUUAUGUCUAAAAAGUAUGUAUUUGCACUAUACACCUUAGAACUACUUUUACUGUGCCGAUAGGGAAAUCUCCUGAAAACAGACAAGACGCGCGUUUGGACUGAGACUUCCAGCUUAUUGUAGCCACGUAAAUACUUGUUAAAAUCCGUUGGAAACAAAUCGGUUUUUAAAGCUUGCAAAUUAUUCUUUUGCAACAUCGAUAUGUUUUUUUUUAUUUUCCGUUUUGUACAUGCAUGAAUGUGAGAUAUUUGUACACAAUGUGUAAUAAUUCUAUUGUAAUUUAAUUGUGGUUUAUGUAUCUUUUCAUGUAAAGAUGUAGCUUUUGUAUCACAUCUUUUUUUUUUUUGGAAUAAUAUUGUGUUCUUGCUUUUCAUAACACACAUUUUAUUUGGUUUGUUUCAUCAGUUAAUAAAUAUAAUGAUGAAUC